UAUCAUGUCAUACAAAUUACCCGAACACCAAACGUUUUUAUCAUUUCUACGGAUAUCAAGUGAAGCUAAAGUCAUUUUCUACUCUUUAAACGGCGAAGGUUGUUUUGCUUUCUAAUAUCAUGUCAUACGAAUUACCUGAACACUAAACGUUAUUAUCAUUUCUACAGAUAUCAAGUGAAGUUAGUCAUGCUAAAAGUAAUACUAUAUAAGAAAAAUCCACCCAAGUUUUCCUGUUAGAGUACAGCGUUACGUAACACUGGUAGGUCGCGACCCCGGCUAUGAGGAGAGCAGGUAAUGAUGACAGGCGUAUACACAGAGUUCCUGGAUCUGCCGGGGCGGUGGCCGGAGCUGGAACGUUUCAGUGUGUUGCCAAAGCUCGGGUAGAAAGGUUUGGCGGUGCUGGGAUUGGGUGGGGCUACGGAGUGUGUGUGUGUGCGUGUGCAGUCUUAUACAUUCUAACACUCAUUUUCUUUAGCGCAUAGACGGUAAAGAACAAGAAUAGGAGGCGAUGAAGCGAUUACACCACUGAGCUCCUCUUCCGGCGUUGGUGAAUGGAAUGCAACGACAAGCACCAACACUAGGAAAGUACCGUUGCACCACUCCAUCACUCAUCUUUCACCCCCUUCCCUAUGGCGUGCAGUGCGUGUAAGGUGAAGGGGGAUGGUCACGAGAUGAGACAAUACCACUCCAUGCCUCUCCUUUCGCCUCGAUAGUGAGAGUCCGGUGAGCAUCUUUCUGAAGUGUCUGCUUGAAUGGCACCUACCCGAGCUCACAAACAACCAUGCAAUCCUAUUCUAAUUAUUCUCAGUGUAUUUCCAAGCAAAACCCUAGCCAUCUUAACUCUAACCCAACCUAACCUUAACCGGGCUGGGUGCUGAACACUGGUAUAGUUCGGGAAUAUGCCUCCGGUCCGCUGAGAAGCCAUGGAAGGAUAUCACACCAGUACACCGUAACACUAGUUGUACUGCUGCUGUUCUGGACACUGGAGGGAAGUCAAUGGUAAAUACACAGCUACAGGAUGGCGAACUGUAGUGUCUCAUGGGGGUUCUUCAGCGGCAGCAUCCCCGACUCUUUGUUAGAGUUCUUCAUCGUCUACUGCUCCGCCGUCUGCAUCGUCGGCACUAUCUGUAAUGUGGCAGCGUUAUGGUGUGUGGUGGGCUGCUCCAGGACCCGCCCCUCCAUCAAGGUGCUCCUGUGCGCCCUCUUCUCCUCCGCCCUGCUCAUGUGCCUGGUGGUGAUGCCCUUCAUGGCCCACCUCUCCCUCGCCAAGCUGUGGUGUGACAGGGAGGUGUCCGUGAGGGCGAUCCAGGGCUCGCUGCUGGUCUACGUGGUGCUGACGGAGACGGAGCUCUUCUUCAUUGUCGUCUUGGCUUUCCUCAGGUCACUGGCGGUGUGGUCGCCGCAGCGGCGCCACGUGAAGCUGCGGACGAGCGUCGCGCUGGUGGUGGGCGUCGGCCUGUAUGCCACGCUGUCCACACUGGGUCUGAUGGUCCCGUACUGGGUGGGCGCCAUGGACGGCCACACCGGCACGCUGAUAGGACAGGCCAUGAACGUGCCGCACUUCUUCCUGCCCGUGCUGCUCACCCUCGCCUGCUACACCUCCAUGAUUUUUGUUGUAAGGCGCAAUAAGCGGCGCCUGGCCGCCAGCCAGCACGCGGCCACGGCCGCAGGCCAUCAUGAGGUGAUGGACCAGGCCACGCGGGCCAUGCUGGCCGUGUUCAUUAGUAACCUGCUCUUCAGCUUCCCACACUCCAUCUACCACAUUUUGCCACGAGACGGUAGCAUCCUUUCCUAUGUCAUCGUGCACUGCGUCUUCUACACACACCUCUUCGUGGACCCGCUGGCGUACCUGUGCUCCAACGCGCACCACCGGCGGCGUGUGCUGCACACGUUCGCUUCCUGCACCCAUUGGGCUGGCUGCAGGCACCCCGCAGCCUCACCCCCACACGCCGCCUCCACCCUGCCCCUCCACACCACGCCCCCGACUUCCGACGAGCAAAGGAAGGAGCUUAGAUGAGGUUCACUACUUCGUAAUUGCUUGCACAACUUUUGGGUACACGACGUCUAAAUGGGUAUUACAAAUAUUCUUAUAUUUUUGUACAGGUGAAGCAAUGUUACAUUACAUUAGAUAAGU